CCCAAUUUAUUAUUAUUAUUAUUAUUAUUAUUAUUAUUUAUUAUCACUACUUUCCGAAGCCAGAUGAGUUAACGGGUUAGAUGCUGCUAAUGAGGGACCAGGAGGAUGGUGGAGGCUGUACAGCGGGUAAACUCAAACCCAAACUCAGCAUCAACUCCACGCAAAUCCACCCGUCCAUCGCGCAGGAGCCGCCGGACAUCCAGUACAGCGACUACGACGAGGAUCUCGGUUCGUGUGAUUAUUAUUCUGAGGAUGAUUGCGAGGACUGCGAGGAAUACGAUGAGUUCUCGGACUCGUUCGACACGCGGAGCAUCGCCUCGGAUGACUCGUUCUACCCGCCGGAUGAAGAGCUCACGGAGUCGGAGUGCGACCUGACGCAAACCCCCGCCGGGACGCUGUCGCUGUUCCGAGCCUGCUGCAGUAACAGUGCGCUCACUGUCAAGGCUCUAAUCCGGCAGGGUGUGACCGAGGAAGAGGUGCGAGAAAAGGACCAGAACAACCGGACUGGGCUGAUGGUGGCGUGUUAUCACGGCUACGUGGAGAUAGUCAUCGCACUGUCGGUGUGUCCGCACCUGGACGUGAACUGGCAGGACAACGAGGGCAACACGGCUCUGAUCACAGCCGCGCAGGCCGGCCACAUCACCAUCACUAACUACCUACUCAACUACUUCCCUGGCCUUGACAUCGAAAAGAAGAACUGUCAUGGAUUCACCGCGCUAAUGAAAGCCGCCAUGCAGGGCAGAGUGGACUGUGUCCGAGCGCUGAUCAUGGCAGGAGCUGAUCUGGAAGCCAGAGAUAGCGGGCGUAAGCUGACGCCUUGUGAGUGGGCGCUGUUCACCGGACGGCACGAGACGGCCUUCGUCAUGCAGCGGCUCAUCCACCGGCCGUGUCCUGAACAGUGCUCCGACUCGUACCGGCCUGAGUGGCCAUUACUGCCAGCUCUGGUGGCCAAAUCGCAACAGCACAAAGGCUGUGUCCAGAAGAUGAUGGAGGCUCUGUGCAACUUUUUUGACAUCAGCAACGUGACGGAAGCUUCAGAAGACGGCGUCUUCGACCACAUGGUGCAGAUGACAACAGCGCUUGGCAGCCCGUUUAUCGCCACGUCCUGUCGGACGGUGUGUCCCGGUAGUCCGCCGUGCGUCGGGAAACGCCGCGUCUCGGUCCAGGAGAUCCUAAAAAAGCAGCGCACGCAACAACUCAAAGGACUCGGAACCGAACGCCUGGAGAACUACAAACGCCUCUUCCAGAACUCUCGCGUCACUCUGGUGCCUAAACCCAAAGACAGGCGUGCCAGCCUUCAGCCCCAGACUCCCAGUGACUCUUCAGUGCUCCGGAGAGGAAGUCUUCUCCCGCUCCACCUGGUGAGACGGAGCAGCGUGAGACCGGGCCUAGUGGUGCCCAAGCUGCGGAUCACCAAGGUUCCGACGGUACCGCACGAUCCGGAGAAGAAGCGGCGCAAAAGUAGCUGCAACAAUGGCCAGUUCCUUCAGGUGCCCAAGUGGAGGUACAAAGAACUUAAAGAAGAACGAAAGAAGGCAGAAGAAGCUGAGCGGAAACGUCUGGAGGCAAUCACUAGGAGACACCUCGCUGGUGGUAAACAGAAGUAACUCCGUCACGACGUGUGCGCUACACAUCCGGGCACAUCUCGGCAUGGGAAUUUUGAUACUUGAAACUUUUGAUCAUCAUUUUUAUUUUCAUAUUUAUUCUGUAAGAAAACGGUCGCUUUUUUGGGAUACUACAAGCUUUGAUUCGUCAGAGGGUCAAAAUUUCUAACACACACAGACACACACACACACACACAAUCUUUCCAUGGUGGGCCCAACAUCCGAGCUGUUAUUGGCUGAAACAUCUACAGUACCAGCAUAAAUAUCAAAUCAAAAAUAUUUGUACAUACUAAAAUGAUUUAUUUUUA